UAGUAUAAUUGUAAUUAAUUAAAAUCAGUAUGCCUACAAAUCAUGUUUUCACUUUAUCGUUGUUCCAAAUGAGGUCUACCAAGUAUUCAAGUUAACCAGAACAAAUUCUUUUGAACUUUGAUUUUGCAUUCUCAGAUGGUCCCUGCCCAUGCCCCAGAGAACACUCAUGAUCACCGCCGUUAUGCUCCAGCGAAGGCACUAGGCCCACAGAUGGCAGGAGCCCCACAGAAGGUAGGACCCCCACAGAAGUCUUGUCAUCAUCCCGGUGAGAGGGCUCCAGCUCCAAAGAAAUCUCAUGAUAAUGCCCCGGAGAAGGCUCCUCAGCCUUCAAAGAAGUUUCAGCUCCUCCCCCAAAUAAAGUUCCUCCAGUCCAUUCCACUGUCCCAUCAAAGGCACCUUCUCCAGGGGAACAUGGAUGUGUCAAUAUCUGUCAGGAGCGAUGCAAGACCCAUCCUGAGAAAAAGCCCUGCAUGAAAGCCUGCACAGCAUGCUGUGCCAAGUGCAAAUGUGUUCCUCCAGGAACUUCUGGUAACCUGUACAAGUGCAACAACUGGGAUUAUGUCUUGCUUCAUGGCAAAAUGGUUGAUUGCCCUUGAAUCAAAUGAAUCCAGACUCUCGU